UUUUGUUUUGGUUAAAACAGCUGAUUGUAAUUCCAUGAAAUGCUCAAUUUCAUUGUAUUUUUUUUUAUCUAAUCCGUGUGUUCUGUGUUAAAUGAGUAACCAUUGGGAUAAAUUAUGUUCUUUUUACAUAAGAUGAACUUUUUAAUGCUGCGUUAGAUAAAUUAGUUGAAUAUGCUUUCGUUUGUGACUCACAAGCUAUCUCUUCAGUCUUUAUCAUGACUGAUAAAAGAGCAGUUUUCGUGUUUUCAUUUAACGAAAGAAAUUCAUGAACUAUGGAUUGUAAUUUUUUUGCUUGCUCAUUUUAUAUGCAUUAGGAACCAAUGGAAAGAAAAUGGAUUUUACAUUUUUUGACAUCGCUAUUCUCUUGAUAACAUGUUUUGUUACAAUAAUUGUAAUAUUCAUUUAUACCUUUCGUUCAAAUUCUUCGGAUAUACUUCUUGAUUAUGAAAAAGGAUUUAAUGUGAUAGAUGUGGUUAAAGCCUUAAGAAAUAUUUGUCCUAUAAAUACUACAAACAAAUGGAAGUUGCUGUCUUCAGAUUUCAGCUUGUUGCGUUGCUGGCAACAGAAAUUCUCAUUUCCUAUUCUUAAUUCGAAUAUCAAUGUCUUUGGCUCAGUUGCUGUAGCAAAUUGUUCUUCUAAGCAUGCUCUGACCAAAAUUGCUGAUUUGUCAAAAUGGACAGAAUGGAAUCCUACACCUGGCCAGUUUGCAGUAAAAUCUUUUCGGGAUAAGCACCUGAAGAGAGAUCGUUACAUGCAAGCUAACCAGAUCAUAUGCCUUCAAAAAGGAACAAAUAUUCAAUCCUAUGUGGCUUCUUACAGGUUUAUGAAUUUCAACAAGAAAGAAAUUGGUUGGAUUUUGUUUUGGAAUGCUAAGAAGCUUGAAUUCAUGUUUUAUUUGAUUCAACCAGUCAUCACUGAUGCAGCUUCCGAGUCAUGUUUGAUUACACAUAUUUUUGGAACAACAUCCUGCAAAAAUCCUGCUUUUUUAACAACACGGAGAUUGAAAAAUUUGCAAGACUCGAUUUCUUUAUCAUCAUUGAAUGUGGUACCAUUGACUUUUGAUGAUCAAUCUUCAGGAGAGAAUUCAGACAAUUCAUCAGUUUUAAGAGAAAAAAUUAAAUCUGAAGAUAUUGUUUUGAAUUUGCAAGCACAGAAAAACGAGCAUCAUAACACAUUAUUUAAAUUAGUUCCAUUUUCAUGUAGUAUUAACUGUAAUCUUAAAAAAUUGCAAGGUUUUAAAUUAGCUGUGAAGAAUAUUGAAACAAAGGCAGUGGCAGGGAACAAAGUAGUGAAGAAGGAUGAAUUACCAGUAUUAAAUAUCAAAAAACCUGUUAAGCAUGGUAGUAUAAGACGAACUGUAUCAGACUUAUGUAUGAAAACCUCUAUUCUGGCGGAUAUCAACAAAAAUACUGAAAAACAGGAUGCUAAUCUUGAAAAGAAAUCUUCCUUUAAAAGUCAUAUCAAUAAUUUAAACAAAGCUCAAAUGCAAGAAACUUCUUUUAUUUCAACAAAAUUAUCUCCCAUGAAUGAAGAGAAUGAGGAAGUGUUGUGCAUAACUGAAGAUAAGUGUAAAUCAUUGGAUUGUAUUGAAAAAGUGAAGUUGCGCAGCUUAUCGGAGACGGCAGCAGAAAAUACCAACGAGUGUCAAAUUCUGUCUUCUUCUGAUUCUUCUAUCAAGGGAAAACUUGCCUUCUUUGAAGACUCAGACUGCCAUUUGAAUGGAGAUAUAGAUAAAGAUGAUUUUCUAGCAAUGGACAAACAGGAUCAAAAUGAGAUAUUUGGCUCCUCUUUUUCAGAUUUUGAAAUUGUAGCAGUUAACGAGUUCUCAGAGAGUCGGUUGGCUGAUUAUCUGACACAAGGGAACUGUGGUGCAGCUGAACUGCAAGCUGAGAUUCUUCUUGCAUCAUUUGUGGAUCCAAAUUCAACAGCAGAUAAUUUCAAAUUAGAAGGUGGCUGGACCAUCUAUUCUUAUUACAAGGGAAUGCCAGUGUUGUUCAAGAGUAAUACAAAUCACUUCAUGAAAAUUACAAGCUUUUUGUGCCAAACCAAAAUUCCAGCGCCUCCAAGAGAUGUUUGGAAGUAUGUGAAAAAUCCUAGAUUCAGAUUUAUUAGUGAUGAAACUGUUAAGUCAGUAGAAAUCCUGGACAAAAUUUCUAAUUAUCAGACUCUGAUACACAUUUAUCAUGAAAAUGCUGGAUUUCUGAAGAAAGAAAUGAUAGACUUUUGCCUAUUACACACUGAAAGGGAAGAACAAAGGCGCUGCUAUUCUGCCUUCCAUUCCGUCGAGUAUGACAAGUGCCCUUUCAUGAAUGGAGUCACAAGAGGAAUUUUACGGCCAAGUGGAUGGGUUGUAGAAGAAGUUGAUAAUAAUCCAAAUGAAAGUAAAGUUGCAUAUAUGAUACAGAUUCUUGUAAGCAGUCCAGACAGUACAUAUAUUCAGAACUUGAGCAAUUUAGUUCCUCAAUCUGUGUAUAAUUUGAAAAAUUAUGCUACUGUGAAGCCAAUGUGAUUUUGAAAGAAAACACCUAUGAGUCAUAUUCUAGUGAAAUUGUAAAUACUUUUUGUACUUUUUAUACAUGUUUAUAUGAAUAUAAUUAUAUUGUUGAUAAUAGUUUGUGAUGUUUUAUCUAUGUGAAUAAAAUGAUU